AAUAGGGAAGCAUUGUACGCAUUUCUUGUCUGAAAAGAGCGUAAUUUCUCAGGUUCACUUUUCAUUCAAUGGACGAAGCGGUCUGCUCUCCUUUCCAUGUGAAACUCCUUGUCGCCGUUCGUCGCUUGCGUCGGUGAUUGGGAUUUGUGACUACUCCGCACUAUUUUGAAUCACAUUGAAUUUUUGAAUACGCAUAACAAAGAAAGACAUGGUGGCAAACCCGGAUACCGAAAUGAAAAAAGCGCCGCUUUUUUCUGGAUUGUUUCGGGGCCAACUGACCGUCCCACGACCGACGCUUGCUGAUAUUGCUGCCGGAAAAUCCGUCACUGGGCCUGUGUGGAUAUUUACUGGUGCUGCACUCGCCGGCAGGCCUCCUUCGUCACCGAGAAGGACUUUUUCGCUUCUCGUGCAGCCAGGGCCAUAUGAUAGUCUCUGGUUUAGGAUAUUUCGCGGCGCUUUGCCGGCUUCACUUACAACUGAAAGAUCUUCAGAAGGAGGAGCAACUGCAAGCAACGGUACUUCUAUAGCUGCUGCGCAACAGCCUGAAGAAAUGGUGCCGCAGGUGCCGGAGCUUUCUGGUUUGGAACGUGUUAUUAAAGCUGUCGUUACACUAGGCGGUGGCGCAGGAUUGAAGAAAAUUUGUGAUGGCGGUUUGGUAGACCUUGAUGCUAUUGGUUCUGCAAACACGCAAAAUUCUCCAGACUUUGGUGACAAGAAACCGGACUUGCCUUCAUACGCCAUGUACAUUGGCCUUCUAGAAGAUGCGCUGGAGGAUUUGCAGUUAAUUCCAACGGUUCGAGCACAAUUUGGCUUCCAGUUUCAUCAUGCGUGGAAUAAGCGGGGUAUUCUUGUUUAGAUUUGGCUUCGUUUACUUUGUCUUCAUCACCACUGUGUUUCGGCUACGAGCUAAAAACAGCAACUGCAGCACCAUCACGAUGUUGUGGCUUGAAUUUUGAACUUUCAACACAUUGUCCUUCGUACCAGAGACGGAGCCACCGUCAGACCACGAGCUCCUUUAUUAUCGCUGGAUGGGUACCGAGAAGGACCGCGUGCCACCCUUUGCGACCACUCAAGGCGGCAUUGGCGCUUUGGUCCUUAAUCCGACCCAGGAAAAGCUCCUGCUUGUCCACGAAUACGGUUGGUGGAAACCAGUAACGGGAAUGGUUGGCCACAACGAGAAUAAGUUAGGGGCCGCCGCGCGCGAGUGCUUUGAGGAGGUCGGUGUACGAGUAAAGACUUUGCCGCAACUUUCCGCCGGCGAGAAUAAUUCGACUUGGGGCGGAGAAUAUCAUCCUUCGUCUCCGCCUUCUGCUGUCGAAGAUAAAAGCAAGGGCGCUAGCUCAACUACUAACGCCGAAAUGCACCCGAGUGCGAUCAGCGCCGCGACAUCAUCGUCGAGCUCUUCUAGUAUGAAAACGCCUGUUUUCUGUGGUGGGUGGCAGUCAGGCGGGCAGUGGGACAGGCAUGUUAAUGAUGAGUUUUCCGUCUUUGCCCUAACGGCUGAAAGUGAGGAAAUCACGGUCGAUGGAGAGGAAAUCAAGGACGCGCGUUGGGUCCCUAUAGCGAAGAUACCCCAGUUCGCUGCAGACGACCCCAGAGGUGUCUUUGGUAUUACCGGAAAAGAGGAGAUCUACGUGGAGGGUCUAGGUCGCAUUAAUCCUAUGGUGUGUCGCUGGUUGUGGAAUUUCUAUAAUGAUAAAAGUUUUAGCUGCACGCUCCAAGGUGCUGGUGUUAACACACAAGGCCAAAGAGGCGCGGUCAGAAUAUACUACGGACUUUAAUAAAUGAAUUUUUUUAAAAGAGUCACGUCCAUAUAUCGCCAGGGUGCUAGAGCGUGGCGUAUAACAACAAAGGAGGCAUUUACCUUCAACAUGGG